AGAGGGCGCUUUCUCUAAAAACUUUCUGAUAAAAACGCGUUUAUAAAGGACUUCCAUCGCAAUUUUUGAUCAGUUCUCGAUCGGUAUCCCAUCCCUGGAUUAAAAUUUACUUGGACAAACAGACAUCAUCAACAUACAACAAUGAAGACGGCUGUAUUGUUUCUGGCGUUGAUGCCAUUCGUGUUCUCGGCUCAUGUUGUGCAGGACAGAUUCAUCGAAUCUCUACUCGGCGGAUACGAUAUAUUAGACUUGGGCAAGCAGCUCCUCGGCCAAUUUGGUACUGACGAAACCGAGGCGCAAUGUGAAUCCGAGAUAUGCCCUCCUAUCGUCGGCAAAAUUGAUGGACACAACCCCCUCAUCACAGGCCUUGUGUGUGGUGCUGCCUGCAAAGAGGCUCAAAUUCUUGCACAAACCUACAUUUCAACCGCUCCACCAACGACAUCGACACCAACUGCAGGGAAAUAGAGGUUCACACCAGUGCAGCAAAUCCAUUUCUAUGUGAUAAUGAUUAUCUUGGUCAAUAAAAUUUCAAGAAUUGAAUAA